UAACUACCUAACAAUAAGAUGGAAAUCGCAGAUAUUAUGGGUGAAGUGGUUGGAAAGGAAGAUCCAAAGGAACUCAUCACAAGCAAAGGGAAGGAAACGAAGCGUCUAGCUAUUUUGGUUGAAGAUCUUGAUAAUUAUCGUAUUGGGUGUGUGUUGUUUGGGGACAUGGUUGAUCAAAUACUACCAUACCUAGAUGAUGGAAGAGUUGAACCAUUGAUAGUGGUCUUGCAGUUCUUCCGACCGAGUAGAUGGAAUGAGAAAACCUCAGUACAGAGUCAUUUCGACAUUUCUAAGCUACGCAUCAAUCCCGAUCUCGAGGAGGUUCGCGACUUUCGUGACAGGAGGCUUGCCGCUAUACCCUCAAAUUUGGUCAGAAUUAGUCAAGUCAACACAAACAACUCACAUUCUGGGGCAGAUGAACUUAAGCGGGGUGAUGUGACGGUGAACACAAUAGAGGAAGCACUAAACUCAACACAGGAAGGCCCUUUGUGGAUUGCUGGAACAAUUGUGGCAAUCAAUUCUGGCAAGGAUGAUUGGUUUUACAAAUCAUGUAGAAAGUGUCCGAAGAAGGUUGAAACACCAAUUGGAAAUAGAUACGAGUGUGGAAAGUGUGGCCACACUCACGGAAGUGCAUCGUUAAGGUUUAAGGUUGAGGUGAUGGCCUAUGAUGGCACUGGUAGCAUAACACUGCUUCUAUGGGAUCGAGAAACGGUUCAACUAUGUGGUAGACAAGCAGAACAGAUCAAGGAUGAGGAGGAACUUUAUGCUGAAGGAUACCCUGCAGCUCUUGAGAGCCUGUUAGAAAGAAAACUUCUUUUUAAGGUGAAUGUCAAAUCCUCCAACAUCAAGCUCUAUGACCAGGUGUAUACAGUGAUGAAGGUCUGCGAGGAUGAUACAAUUUUUGAAAUGCAUCUCCCAAAUAAAACGUUCUCCACUGUAACUGAUACCGGGUGCAGUAACUCGGUGGAUUUGUCAGCAGCUAUGGUUGAUAUCAACAAUCUUAGUGAUUCUCAAUAUUCUGUGGAUGUUGUGGAGGAUAGUGUUACAAGCCUCAAGUGCAAAACUCCAGCCAAAACAGCUACCAUGGUUUUAAAGCAACAAAUUCCCAUCAACAUUGAGAAUGAAGAAGAACUGGGGUUUUCAACCAACAAACUUACCCGCAAUCGUGGAAAAAGACAGAAGAUGCAACUUCAUGAUAGCAAUGAAUGA